UGCACAACUGUUAGCAGGUUUCCUGGCUCAUGUGAUCCAAUAGCCAUUAUCGUGUUCUAGUGAAUUAAAUCCUAAUAGUAUAUUAAAAUACCACAUUGCGAAUUGAAAAAUUAAUCCAAAAUGACUGCAACAAAUGGCGUCAUCGCCAAGGACGAUGAGAAUUCGCGGCAACAUUACAAAACAAACAUAGUCCUUGGACAACAAUUAGAGGAUAAGGAUCGGGAUCGCAAGAACUUUGAGCCCAAUAAGGCGAAAAAGAAUGGCAAGCAUGACGAGGCGGAACCGGAAGAGGAGGGCUUCACCUACAAGGAGGAGAUCAAGCAGGUUGGCUACUUCCAAAUCUUUCGAUACGCCACCAACCAGGAUCGCUUCCUCUACAUUAUUGGACUGCUGGCCGCGGUAGCCACGGGUCUGACCACACCAGCCAACAGUUUGAUCUUCGGAAACUUGGCCAACGACAUGAUUGACUUUGGCGGCAUGGUAACGGGCAGAAAGUACCGGGCUGACGACGACAUGAGCAACUUACUCCUCGACAAGGUGCAAGAGUUCUCCCUGCAGAACACCUACAUUGGAAUCAUUAUGCUGGUGUGCUCCUACAUAUCCAUCACCUGCUUCAACUACGCCGCCCACUCCCAGAUCCUCACCAUUCGCUCCAAGUUCUUCCGCUCCAUUCUCCACCAGGACAUGAAGUGGUACGACUUCAACCAGAGCGGUGAAGUGGCCAGUCGCAUGAAUGAGGAUCUGUCCAAAAUGGAGGACGGUCUGGCCGAAAAGGUGGUGAUGUUCGUCCAUUACCUUGUCUCCUUUGUGGGUGCACUCGCCCUGGCCUUCUGGAAGGGCUGGCAGUUGUCUCUGGUAUGCCUCACCAGUCUGCCGCUGACCUUCAUCGCCAUGGGUCUGGUCUCGGUAGCCACCUCGCGGCUGGCCAAGAAGGAGGUCAACGUGUACGCUGGCGCCGCCGUUGUGGCCGAAGGCGCCCUCUCCGGAAUCCGUACCGUGAAGGCCUUCGAGGGCGAGGAAAAGGAAUCUCUCGCCUACAAGGCGAGUGUUAUCGCCGCAAAGUAUCUGAACAUCAAGAGGAACAUGUUUUCCGGAAUCGGAUUCGGUCUGCUGUGGUUCUUCAUCUACAGCUCCUAUGCUCUAGCUUUCUGGUAUGGAGUGGGUCUGGUGCUUAAAGGAUACAACGAUCCGUUCUAUGCGAACUACGAUCCUGGCACUAUGAUCACUGUCUUCUUCUCUGUGAUGAUGGGUUCCAUGAAUAUUGGCAUGGCAGCCCCGUACAUCGAAGCCUUUGGCAUUGCUAAGGGUGCCUGCGCCAAAGUCUUCCACAUCAUCGAGCAGAUCCCCACUAUCAAUCCCAUUGAUGCCGGGGGCAAGAAGCUGAAUGAACAAAUCGAAACAAUCGAGUUCAAGGACGUGGAGUUCCAGUACCCGACGCGACCCGAGAUCCCUAUUCUGAACCGUCUUAACCUGAAGAUCCAUCGCGGACAGACAGUGGCUCUGGUGGGUCCUUCGGGCUGUGGCAAGUCCACCUGCAUCCAGUUGGUGCAACGUUUCUACGAUCCCCAGGCUGGAAAUGUCUUCUUCAACGGUUCCAAUCUCAAGGAAAUCGACAUCAACUGGUUGCGAGCCAAGAUCGGUGUCGUGGGCCAGGAGCCAGUGCUCUUUGGCGUGUCCAUCUAUGAGAACAUUCGAUAUGGACGAGAGGACGCCACACGUCAGGAUAUCGAGGAAGCUGCCGCCGCCGCCAAUGCCGCGGUUUUCAUCAAGAAACUGCCCCGCGGAUACGACACAUUGGUGGGCGAGCGAGGAGCUCAGUUGUCCGGAGGCCAGAAACAGAGAAUCGCCAUUGCACGAGCGCUGAUCCGCAACCCUGAGAUUUUGUUGCUGGACGAAGCCACCUCCGCCCUGGACACUGCCAGUGAGGCGAAGGUGCAGGCUGCCCUGGAGAAGGUAAGCGCCGGUCGCACCACCAUCAUUGUUGCCCAUCGCCUGUCCACGGUCCGGCGGGCAGAUCGAAUUGUGGUCAUCAACCAGGGUGAGGUUGUGGAGAGUGGCACCCACCAGGAGCUGAUGCAGCUUAAGGAACACUACUUCAAUCUGGUGACCACCCAGAUGGGUGACGAUGACGGUUCGGUGCUCAGUCCCACUGGCGACAUUUACAAGAACUUCGACAUCAAGGACGAGGAUGAACAGGACAUCAAAAUUAUACUUGACGACGAAGAGGAAGAGAAGGCAGCUUCCAAGAAGGACAAGAAGAAGAAGAAGGUCAAGGAUCCCAACGAAGUUAAGCCCAUGAGCGAGGUGAUGAAGAUGAGCAAGCCCGAGUGGCUGAUUAUCACCAUCGGUUGCAUCUCCUCGAUAAUCAUGGGCUGUGCCAUGCCCAUCUUUGCGGUGCUCUUCGGCAGUAUCCUUCAGGUUCUGUCGAUCAAGGAUAACGAUGACUAUGUGCGCGAGAACACCAACGAAUACAGUAUAUACUUCCUGGUCGCCGGCAUCGUGGUGGGCUUUGCCACCUUCAUGCAGAUCUACUUCUUUGGUAUUGCUGGCGAAAGGUUGACGGAGCGCCUGCGAGGACUCAUGUUUGAGACAAUGCUGAAGCAGGAGGUGGCCUGGUUUGACGAAAAGGCCAAUGGCACUGGCAGCUUGUGUGCCAGGCUAUCCGGAGAUGCGGCUGCGGUUCAAGGCGCCACUGGACAACGUAUCGGCACAAUCAUCCAAUCAGUGGCCACUUUGGCCUUGGGUGUGGGUCUGUCCAUGUACUACGAAUGGAGCCUGGGCUUGGUGGCUCUGGCCUUUACGCCCUUCAUCCUGAUUGCCUUCUACAUGCAACGUACUGUGAUGGCCAAGGAGAACAUGGGCUCGGCCAAGACAAUGGAGAACUCCACGAAACUGGCCGUCGAGGUGGUGUCAAACAUCCGGACUGUGGUGUCGCUGGGUCGCGAGGAAAUGUUCCACCGAACCUACAUUAACAUGCUGAUCCCCGCCGUUGAGAUCUCCAAGAAGAAUACUCACUACCGUGGAGCCCUUUACGGUCUAGCCAGAUCCCUGAUGUUCUUCGCCUAUGCCGCUUGCAUGUACUACGGAGCCUGGUGUGUCGUCAACCGUGGACUCGAAUUUGGAGAUGUUUUCAAGGUAUCCCAAUCUUUGAUCAUGGGCACAGCAUCCAUUGCCAACGCUUUGGCCUUUGCUCCCAACAUGCAGAAGGGUGUGACCGCCGCCAAGUCCAUCUUCACGUUCCUGCGUCGCCAGCCGUUGAUCGUGGACAAGCCUGGAGUGUCCCGCGAACCGUGGCACUGCCAGGGCGAUGUACGCUACGACCGAGUGGAGUUCAGCUAUCCGACGCGCCGCGAGAUGCAGGUGCUCAAGGGCCUGGAUCUGAGCGUCGGCAAGGGCAAGAAGGUGGCUCUGGUGGGACCAUCCGGUUGCGGAAAGUCCACCUGCAUCCAGCUGAUACAGCGAUUCUACGAUGUGGACGCAGGUGCCACGUUGAUUGAUAGUCAUGACGUGCGUGAUGUAUCCAUGAGGAACCUGCGCAACCAGCUCGGCAUAGUUUCCCAGGAGCCCAUCCUCUUCGAUCGUACCAUCAGGGAAAACAUUGCCUACGGCGAUAAUGGCAGGACUGUGACCGAUCAGGAGAUCAUUUCCGCCUGCAAGAAGUCCAACAUCCAUGAGUUCAUCGCCAAUCUGCCAUUGGGCUACGACACAAGAAUGGGAGAGAAGGGUGCCCAGUUGUCUGGAGGCCAGAAGCAACGCAUUGCCAUUGCCCGUGCCCUCAUCCGGAACCCCAAAAUCAUGCUGCUCGACGAGGCCACCUCGGCGCUGGACGCUGAAAGUGAAAAGGUUGUCCAAGAUGCUCUAGACGCCGCCUCCGAGGGUCGCACCACCAUUAGCAUAGCCCAUCGUCUGUCCACCAUCGUCCAUUCGGACGUUAUAUUUGUAUUCGAGAACGGAGUCGUCUGUGAAAUGGGAGAUCACAAGGAACUCCUUGCCAACCGAGGACUUUACUACACGCUCUACAAGCUCCAGAGCGGCGCCAUGUAAACUCCACAUCAUCCCCAUCCUAGCUUAGGUCUCUAGCCAAUUAUGAACCCCUUGUGAAAAGCGAACAAUGGACUAGUUUAUGUACAAAAAGAUAAUAUAAGAUUAUUUAUCAAAAUAUUUAUGAUUAAUACAUCAAGAAUUUAUGGAUGAAUUUUGAAACGAAACUGUACUUCAAUAUGUUAGGAAAAUAAAAUAAUUUUUUUGUAUAUCAUUUGUUUUUAUUUUAAGUUUACAU